CUCCAUCUGAUGGCAGCAUCAGGCAGUCCCGUGGAACAUUUGCGUGGGAGUUCCCUUCUCCGCCAUGUCGGGAUAGUGCACAUCUCUCUCUCCCCCCCCCUCUCUCUCUCUCUCUCUCUCUCCACCUCCCUCCCUCUCCCUCUCUCUCUCUGUCUCUCUCUCCCCUUCUCUCUCUCCCUCCGUGCAUCCUCCCCCACAUUAACAGCUUAGCACAGCAGCAGCAGUAGCAGCAGCUCCUACAGCAUCCAGCAUCCAUCCCUGCCUGGGGAGCAGCAGUCCUACCCGGCGCAGCACCGACGCACGGAGGGGGCGCAUCAUCCAAGUGAUGCCACAGCAUCAGUCGCAUUUCGACAACAAAUUCUGAGAUUAGACGACCCCCCCCCCCACCACACCGCCCGCCGCCCCCAGCCCCCGAAAACAGAGGAAGGGAGAGAAGGAAAAAAAAAACCCCCUUCAGCCUCGAAGACAGUAACUGUCCAUGAAGAUGUCUAACGCGGACAUCGUCUUAACCGCCACCGAUCGGAUGGUGAAAUCGGUCCCCUUCCCCCUGAGCCACCGCCUUACGAUGAAGGAAGUGUUUGACUGCGAAGCGAAGCCCCGCGUGGACCUCCUGAAAGCCCACCUCACCAAAGAGGGCCGGGUAGAGGAGGCUGUGGCUCUCCGGAUCAUCAACGAGGGAGCGGCCAUCCUGCGCCAGGAGAAGACCAUCCUGGACAUCGAGGCCCCAGUGACAGUGUGUGGUGACAUCCACGGGCAGUUCUUUGACCUCAUGAAGCUGUUUGAAGUGGGAGGAUCACCAGCCACGACACGCUACCUGUUCCUGGGGGACUACGUGGACCGCGGCUACUUCAGUAUUGAGUGUGUUUUAUACCUCUGGUCGCUGAAAAUCCUCUAUCCAAAGACACUAUUUUUACUUCGUGGAAAUCAUGAAUGUAGACAUUUGACAGAAUAUUUCACCUUCAAACAAGAAUGUAAAAUCAAGUACUCAGAGCAGGUGUACGACUCAUGUAUGGAUGCGUUUGACUGCCUUCCCCUGGCUGCACUCAUGAACCAGCAGUUUCUGUGUGUCCAUGGUGGGCUCUCACCUGAAAUACACACCUUAGAUGACAUUAAAAAGCUGGAUCGGUUCAAGGAGCCGCCCGCUUUUGGGCCCAUGUGUGACUUGUUGUGGGCUGAUCCUCUGGAGGAUUUUGGCAAUGAGAAAACCCAGGAAUAUUUCAGCCACAACACGGUGCGGGGCUGCUCCUACUUCUACAGCUAUCCAGCUGUAUGCGAGUUCCUGCAGAGCAAUAACCUAUUAUCUAUCAUUCGAGCUCACGAAGCACAAGAUGCCGGCUACCGGAUGUACCGCAAAAGUCAGACCACUGGGUUCCCAUCCCUCAUUACCAUCUUCUCAGCACCAAACUACCUGGAUGUUUACAACAACAAAGCUGCUGUACUGAAAUAUGAAAAUAACGUCAUGAACAUCCGACAGUUUAACUGCUCACCACAUCCAUACUGGCUACCCAACUUCAUGGACGUCUUCACCUGGUCACUGCCAUUUGUGGGAGAGAAAGUCACAGAAAUGCUGGUGAAUGUGCUGAGCAUCUGCUCUGAUGAUGAACUAAUGAUGAAUGAUGAAGAUGAGAUAUUUGAUGCCAAUGCCGCUGCAGCACGCAAGGAGGUGAUCAGAAACAAGAUCCGUGCCAUUGGGAAAAUGGCCAAAAUGUUCUCAGUUCUCAGAGAGGAGAGUGAAAAUGUGUUGACGCUGAAAGGCCUGACGCCCACUGGCAUGCUGCCGAGUGGGGUUCUCUCUGGAGGCAAACAGACGCUGCAGAGUGCCACCAUUGAAGCCAUUGAAGCCAUCGAGACGACUGAUGAGGAUGGAGAAGCCAUCCGUGGGUUCUCCCCCCAGCACAAGAUCGCCAGCUUCGAGGAGGCCAAGGGCCUCGACCGCAUCAACGAACGCAUGCCACCCCGCAAGGACGGGGUGAACCAUGUGGAUCACUCCCUGGGGAAGAUGAAUAUGUCCGAGGCGAACGGCACGGAUGACAACAGCAACAUCCAGUGAUGUGCUGUCUGAGCCUCAGAACCGUGCAGCUGUUGCGCUGUGCAGCAAGACAUUGCCAAAACGUGAAUUCAGGCCUCAGAACAUAGAAAUAAACCAGGCCCACAGACAGAACAUGAAAAUCUGCAGCAAAACUAAAACGGGCGAAAAAAAGGUCAUUUUUUUCAUGACGGUAUGUCACUGCACAGUUGGGGGAGGGGGG